ACGGCGGUCGCGGAGGAUCAGGCGGCGCCAUGGCGGCCCACCUGAAGAAGCGGGUUUAUGAGGAGUUCACGAAGGUGGUUCAGCAGCAGCACGAAGAUCUCUCUGCUAAGAAACUGAGGCUGACCAAGCCCAGCAAGUCAGCAGCACUCCACGUCGACCUGUGCAAAGCCACCUCCCCUGCAGAUGCCUUGCAGUACCUGCUCCAGUUUGCCAGGAAACCUGUGGAAGUGGAGAGUGUGGAAGGGGUGGUCAGGAUCCUGCUGGAGCACUAUUACAAGGAGAAUGAUGCCUCUGUAAGGUUGAAGAUUGCUUCCUUGCUGGGUUUGUUAUCAAAGACUGCAGGAUUUUCCCCAGACUGCAUUAUGGAUGAUGCCAUAAACACACUCCAGAAUGAGAAAUCCCAUCAAGUCCUUGCUCAGCUGCUGGACACCCUGUUGGUGAUUGGGACAAAGCUCACAGAGAAUCCAUCUGUCAGGAUGAGGCUGGUAGAGGUAGCCUGCAAGCAUCUGACAGAUUCUUCCCAUGGUGUAAGAAAUAAGUGUCUUCAGUUAAUUGGCUGUCUUGGACCAGUGGAAAAAGGUGUUGCAAAAGAAGCUGAAAGCCAGGCAGCCAAAGAUGUCCAGAAGAUAAUAGGAGAUCAUUUUAAUGACCAGGACCCUCGUGUUAGGACAGCAGCUAUAAAAGCCAUGCUUCAGCUUCAUGAAAGAGGGUUGAAAUUACAGCAGGCUAUUUACAAUCAGGCCUGCAAGCUGUUGGCAGAUGAUUAUGAGCAAGUCCGUAGUGCUGCUGUUCAGCUCAUUUGGGUCCUCAGUCAACUUUAUCCUGAAAGCAUUGUCCCAAUUCCUUCUUCUAAUGAAGAAAUUCGUUUGGUUGAUGAUGCCUUUGGAAAAAUUUGUCAUAUGGUCAGUGAUGGUUCCUGGGUUGUUAGAGUACAAGCUGCUAAGUUAUUGGGUUCUAUGCAGCAAGUGAGCUCCCAUUUCUUAGAGCAGACCCUGGACAAGAAGCUCAUGUCAGAUCUGAGGAGGAAACGCACUGCACACGAACGUGCCAAAGAACUCUACAGCUCUGGGGAGUUUUCAAGUGGCAGAAAGUGGGGAGAUGAUGCUCCCAAAGAAGAAAUUGAUACAGGUGCUGUCAACUUGAUUGAAUCAGGAGCUUGUGGGGCUUUUGUUCAUGGCCUGGAAGAUGAAAUGUAUGAGGUUCGGAUUGCUGCGGUCGAAGCCCUCUGCAUGUUGGCUCAGUCCUCCCCUUCUUUUGCUGAGAAGUGCCUGGAUUUCUUGGUUGACAUGUUUAAUGAUGAAAUUGAGGAGGUGAGACUGCAGUCAAUACACACAAUGAGGAAAAUUUCCAACAACAUCACACUGCGGGAAGACCAGCUGGAUACUGUGUUAGCUGUCUUGGAGGAUUCCUCAAGAGACAUUCGGGAAGCUCUUCAUGAACUGUUGUGUUGUACCAAUGUCUCAACUAAAGAAGGAAUCCAUCUUGCACUGGUGGAGCUGCUGAAAAACCUGACCAAGUAUCCCACAGACAGAGAAUCCAUAUGGAAAUGCCUGAAGUUCCUGGGGAGCAGACAUCCCACUCUGGUGCUUCCUUUAGUCCCAGAGCUGCUGAGCACACACCCAUUCUUUGACACUCCAGAACCAGACAUGGAUGACCCAGCCUACAUUGCUGUUCUGGUUCUGAUUUUUAAUGCUGCUAAAAGUUGCCCAACAAUGCCUGCCCUGUUCUCUGAUCAUACAUUCAGACAUUAUGCCUAUCUUCGAGACAGUCUCUCCCAUCUGGUCCCUCCACUAAGAUUGCCAGGUAGGAAGCUGGUGUCCUCUCCUGUCUCUCCCAGAAUCACACCACAUGAAGAUCCUUCCCAGCAGUUUUUGCAUCAGAGCCUGGAGAGGGUUUACAACCUUCAGCACCUCGACCCCCAGGGGGUACAGGAGCUGCUGGAAUUCACCAUCCGUGAUCUUCAGAGGCUUGGAGAACUGCAGUCAGAACUGGCAGGGAUGGCAGAUUUCACUGCAACUUACCUCCAGUGUCAGCUGCUCCUCAUCAAGGCCUUGCAGGAGAAGCUGUGGAACGUGGCAGCUCCUCUGUACCUGAAACAGAACGCGUUGGCUUCUGCUGCAGCAAAACAGAUUUUAGAAGAAACUUAUAAAAUGGAGUUCAUGUACAGUGGGGUGGAAAGCAGGCAGGUGGUCAUCAUUCACCACAUGAGACUCCAAGCAAAGGCUUUACAGCUGAUAGUGACUGCACGUACCACCAGAGGAGUGGAACCUCUUUUUGGGAUGUGUGAAAAAUUCCUACAAGAAGUGGAUUCCUUUCAGAGAUGUUUCAUCUCUGAGCUCCCACACAUGCAAGGCAGUUUUGUAGAUAAAUUGCUGGACUUAAUGCCUAGACUUGUGACAUCCAAGCCUUCAGAAGUGGUGAAGAUUCUUCAGACAACGCUGAGACAAAGCACCUUCCUCCAUCUUCCUCUUCCAGAGCAGCUCCACAGAGCUACUGCAAAUAUCAUUGAGCCCACUGGUGAAUCUGAUAAUCCUCUGAGGUUUACAUCAGGGUUGGUGGUGGCACUGGAUGUUGAUGCAACUCUGGAACAUGUGCAGGAUCCCCAAGGAACUGUUAAAGUCCAGGUAUUGUAUCCAGAUGGACAAGCACAGAUAAUCCAUCCUAAACCAGCUGAUUUUCGAAAUCCUGGUCCUGGGAGGCACAGGCUGAUAACUCAGGUUUACCUCUCCCACACAGCCUGGACAGAGCCCUGUCAGAUUGAGGUGAGGUUGCUGCUGGCUUACAAUUCCAACAGGAGCAAAGCAUCUGCAAAAAUGCCUAAAGCUACCUGGAGUGAGAGUUUGGAGGCUCUGCCACAGUCACAAAAUGGCAUAGAGGGGACCAUCCCCUUCAGCAAAGCUGUCAAAGUAUACAUAAUGCCCAAACCUGCCAGGAGGUGAGGUCUUUAUCACACACAAAGUGGAUUUGUGGGAUUCUGGGUGACAUGAAAACAUUAUGUGGUGUUCCAAGACAGUGAACCAAACCAAAAUAGUUUUAUACUUGGGUAAAAAAAAAAAAUCAGCCAGAGAAAUAAAGCUGCUGAAGAACAAGUGGUCUCUGUUGAGAAACAGACAGCAGUACAGGAGUUACUCAGCUAAGAGUAAGGAGGAGUUUCAGGAAAAUGAAGGUGUUGCUGUAUUGAGACAACAAAAUGAAGACAGCUGUCCAUCAGCAUUCCAGGAGUAUUUCACUGGGCUGUAUUUUCACUCCUCUCAAAAGUUUCUCUUCAAGGCCUUUAGUUUUUCUGCUGUGUAUUCACUAAGGUAUUUACCAUGUAAAUGCUUAGGCACAUGAACAGUGUUCUUAUUACAGCUGAAAUGAAGCUAAAGAGCUCGGGGGGUUUUGUGAGAGCUCGUUGGGUUUUUUUAAUGUCUCAUCCUUGUAUUUGUGCCUGAAUUCUAAGGAAAAAAAAGAACAUUCUAAUGUGCUGUUCUUGUGUAAGAACUGCACCUCAAAGUGAGACUGCCAGGAGCUGCCAGCUAAAUCCUGAGCAGUGCCACAUCCUGUACUGAAGCUAUUGCAGUCUUGGGGAGGACACAGAUUGUCCAUGUUGUGGUGUGAGAAGGAGAGGAACCUGCAGGUGCAAGCAGCAGAAUGUGGAGUUUUGAGUUGCAGCAACAAAUUCUUUUCUUUGCAAAGAAAUUUUUUUCUUGCACCUUAAUUCUUUCCUUUGUUUAUAGAAAAAUGGAGUCAAGUGUAUUGAUCACUGCCCUGUUAAUCCAACUGCAAUUUACAGCCCAACUGGAAUCCAUCUCUCCUGUUGUGCUUUUGCAUCCCUGUAGGAGCAGUGCAAUUAAAUUCUGUGGGUUGGGAAAUGAAUAACCCCAUCCCACUGAGUUUUACAGAAUCUGUUCCUGCAUAGUGAUCCCAGCUGAUCCAAUCUUCUGGAGAUGAGAAAAUCUGUUCAGUUUUUCCAUUCAGCAGCAGUUUUGGCAGUCAAAGU